GGAAAGACAUGCAGUGACAUCAAAUCUCACAGCUCACGUGCCGCUAGUGGUUCUUACGUAAUAGACCCCGAUGGAGAAGGUGGCUACGAACCUUUUACUGUGUUCUGUGAUAUGACGGAUAAAAAUAGAGUUGGCGUGACAGUUGUUGGUCACGAUAGCGAGGAAAGAAUGCUAGUUGAUGGAUAUGAUGACGAAGGGAGUUAUGUUCGCGGCGUUCAUUACACUGGAGCUGGGCUGUCAAGUGUUGCACAAUUAGCUGGCCUGCCUGUUGCCUCUGCCCAUUGUGAGCAGUUUAUUAAGUACGAAUGCUAUGGAUCACUUCUGUUGCUCGAUGGAUUUGCUUGGUGGCAUUCACGUAAUGAUGAAGCCAUGAAGUAUUGGGGAGGAGUUGCAUCAUCUAACAUCAAUAAGUGCGCAUGCGGAUUGAACGGGUCAUGCGCAAAUCCAAAUCAGGGAUGUAAUUGUGAUGCCAAUGAUGGCGUGUGGAGAGUGGAUAGUGGCUUACUGACUGAUAAGUCUGACCUUCCUGUGUUGCAACUGAAGUUUGGAGACACUGGUUUUGAUGGGGCUGGAAGAGAUGAAAAGGGGUAUCACACUCUUGGGAAGUUUAAGUGCUAUGGCAUUGCGUAAGUUUUCCAUGACUUUGUCAGUGAUGUAUAGGUCGCUUCUCUCCAAGUAAUAGCAUGAGUAAUGCAAAUAAGUAAGAGGAAAAACAAGUACUUUAAAUGAUUUUUUUAACCUCAGAAAAAGGAAUCGGUUGAAUAGUUACGGUAUUUUUAAUAUGUGUUCGUGCUUAGUUAGAUUGCCCUCGGGACUUAUGAAUAAAUUUCAUUAAUAAUCCCUUUGUGGUCACCAGUUCAUUAAAAAUACCGCACACUUAAACAUUUGACACAAAUCAAUUAAUGCUAAUUCCAAGAAGAAAAUACCGGUUGAAAUAGAUAGGUCAAAUAAAAUAUUAACAUCCUUCUCGCAAAUAUGAGAGAAACUCUUCGACAUUAAUAUGAAAUGAUUUAUCCUAAACUGAUGAAUAAAGAUGACGAGUCUCUUUGUAUUCUGCGGUCUCUUGCAUUAUGUUUGAGAAAUGUAAAAGAUAAUAAAUAUUUAUGGCGUUCAAGGCAGAAUUAUUGCGUGCACAGUCCACACUUCAAGCCGGACGUUUGAAAACGAAUUCAAGCGCGUUGUCUCCGACUUUUGAUAUGACUCUUUUUUGUCAAAUUUGGCUGAUGGCUUUCUUCCAAAUCUUAUUUAUUUUUUCCAUGAUCGAGUAUAGCUUUUAUCAAAACACAAGAGGUAACCUCAAUUUUGGUAAAUUUAAGCGUGAUCGCAUUCAUUACUCAUGGGAAGAGAAACUAGCAUCGUUCAUGGUGGAAGAUCAACUGGACUGCGCUUUCCUUUGUGUUGGUGAAUCAAAGUGUUAUUCAUUCAACAUGGCAGCGUAUCCUGACUCAAGAAGUAAUUAUCCUUUCUUGCCCUGACUCCAGUGGUCUUCAUCUGUGUGAGUUUUUGGCCAUUGACAAGUACAGCGUAACGAAGAAGCUUCAGGGUAAUAAUUCUUUCUAUCAUUUUAGCCUAGCGGUAAGAAAACAAUAAUUCUUCCAGGAGUUAAUAAGAUGCACUGAAUGUUUUUUAUUUUAAAAUACUCAACGAUACUAAAAACCAAAACAUCUAAUAAAAUAUAUUUAUAACGAUUCUACUUACUCUGUUGGGUUUUCUUCUACGAGAAAGCAAGUUACGUAAGAAUUAGCGACAAAAGUGAAUUUCAAAAUUAAUUAAAAACUUUUUUGUUUUGCUGUUUUGUUCAAUCAAAUUUCACAAAGUCUCCAUGCGACAGCGCUCCGUGCAAGAACCGUACUGUCUAUGUUCCUGAGUACCAGUGGGACUCCUACCACUCUGAGUGUCACCCUGAAUUUUGUGGCAUCAACUGUGAUCGCAAAGGUAGCAGGAAUUGUGUAAAGUUUUCUAAUUUUUUUUGAGCUCUGGCUAGUGUAAAAGUAAGUCUUGGUCGACAGUUGCAUUUUGAUAAAAUAACAAAAAAAGCACACUGUAAGGCUUGUGGGGUACAUGCCGUCUUGAGGAUGCCUUACGUAUCCUAACGAUAAGUUAUCGGACAGGCUGCUGACGCUUGUAACAUUUUCGAGGAGGAUCUCAAAGAGAAGACUUCAGGAUGUGAAAGCUGUUAGCGAAAAACGUUAACCUAUGUUUUGCCAUACACAGUCAAAAAUGAAAUGCUAAAAGGGAAUAAUAUGAAGUGUUAAACAUUAAUCGAAGUAAGGCUCGACAAAAAAUGAGGCUCAUUUCUAUUGAACAGAUUUGCAGCGCAGAAUUUAUUAUUUCUGAAAUCUUCGUGGGAUGUUACGAAAUCGUGAUUGAUUUAACACCCCUUCAUUUCCCUUCCAUCCCUUUUCCUUCUCUAACUUCACUCACUCCUUUUCUAUAAAUUACUGGACAGUUCUGACAAUUGAACGUGGGAAUUAUCCACAUUAUGGGAAGUGGUUUUUGUAAUUAAGAAUCAACCAAUUUCCCUGUAAUCUUUUAGUUUGAAAGAUCAAUACAAUCACAAUUUGUGCCUUUUUGCUUCGAUAAUGAAAUUACGUUCUUUAUCAACUCCAAGAAGUUGCUACCGCAACGCCACUUACUCUCAAAAGCACUCAGUACAUGUUGCUUAAAAACGAGUUUGAUGAACCUAUUUUCACUGCCAAAUUGCAACCAGCAUACUAAGUUUUCUCCUUAUGUCUAAAAAAAACAUGCAUGCAGCAAAGGUUUCUAUAUUAGCCAUGCAUUCAGAUUUUUCAAUUGUUGCUGUUGUUGUUGUUUUUUUUGGUAAGUUUUUUCCAAAUAAGAAACCUCUGUAUAGAAUACCAAACACUAUGCGACAAAUGUUUUUCAGCCUCCUAAUUUCUUUCCUUUAAUAAGAAGAGUACCCGAUUCUAAGCACCAGUUUCUUUUUGACUCCUUGGGUCGUCAGGAAAGCCGCUAAUAAAUGUUCGGAGACGAUUGUGCGAAAGACUUGGGAGGUCCAAGAAUUCAUUGGUCAGCAUACACGAGCAAAACUGCUUGACAACAGCUUGACUGUCAGCUGGGGCCAUAUCAACUUUGAAGAUCUCACUGGAGACAUUAGCUGUGGAACGGACUUGUAACUUACACUUUGCACAUCAGUGACAGAAAAGACGAUGAGAAAGAAGUCUAAGAAACUCCAGGAAAUAUGAAAACGCAGAAAAUUCAGAACACCAUUGUAAUAGGCAGAGUGCACAUCUCAGAAAGUUCUCACCAAUAAAUUAAAUUUAAAGAAAACUUCUCUGGUAACUUUUAUCAGCCCUAUAAGUAUAUACUAAUGCAGUGGAUAGCGUUCGAGGCGCUCUCUGAUUGGUUACACAAACUCCGAAUAUCCACCAACGCGGGCGUGUGAUUUACGCCCGAAAACGUGAUAAUCGUUGCAGGAAUAAAUGAGAUAAAAAUCAUGUUUUUCUGUUGUAUUAUCUCACUGUUUCGGUAUAUACUUAAACAAAUAUUCGCCUCAGUUUCGGUGGCUGAUGGUGGAUCAGCUCGGUAAAUAUCUACCACCGGGUAAAUAUUUGUUAAUCAUUGUUAUUGACAAGGCUUAUAGCUAUUUGUAGGACUUCUUCCCUUCCGAUCAUCGAUACCAAAUUAAUUACGAGGUGCGGAAACUUAUUUCAUAACCGAAUGCCCUAGGCUGUUCUUUCAUUGAGCGACAGCAUUUUUUAAUUGUAAAGUACGUAAGGCGUUUUUAUUAAGUGUGAAAGUUUAUUUCAAACCAGAAAUUGCGACAGUUAUGGCUAAGAGCGAAGAUUAUUACAAAGUGUGACAGCUUUUUUAUUACAAGGUGCAACCAGCAUUUCUUAGUACAAAGUGCGACAAUUUGUGCAAAGAGCUAAGAUUAUUACAAAGUGAGACAGCUUACUUAUUACAAAGUGCGUCAGCUGUGUCAUUACGAAAGAACGACAAUUGUUGCCAAGAGCGAAGAUUACUACAAAGUGUGACAGCUUUUUUAUUAAAAGGUGCGGCAAACAAUCUUAUUACAGAGUGCGACAAUUUUAUUAAAAAUUAAAAUGUCAUUGAAUGACCUUAACACGGUAUUUAUCACUUGUUUGUUGUCAAUUAUGCCCCAACAAGAAGGCUCAAGUCCGUUUUAACUCUACACAAGCACUAGGUCGGUCUUCUCGUCUGCUGCACCUAGGUUCUGGACUGAUCUGAAUCAAACCCGUUGGUCUUCCCUUAGAAUUCAGAUUAAAGACUUUUCUUUUUAGAAGGGUAUAAACCGCAACCAGCGUCAUAAUUUCAAAUGCCUCGGAAAUUUUACAGUGGUCUCAAGUAUUCCAAUUUUUGAAGCUUUAUAUAUACUGGGUUUGUGAAGCCAUGUGAAGCAGUGCUGAGUAUACCACUAUAGAUAUAACAUUACUAUGUGAUCAGAGGCCGUGUUCGUUCAUCCAAUUUAGAAUUAGGAAAUAUUUCAACCGAAUAGUCUUUAAUUUGUUUUCCACUGGAACGUUUGCACAAAGGCGGCCAUUCCCACUGUGAGAUAUUACGGCAAAGAGGAACAAAUGACGUUCCCUGUUAGAAAAAUAGGUGUUUUUACAAGUCAGUACAAAAGCAUUUAUAUUAGCGCAUAGAAUAUAUUACUACAUGUAAGUAUCUAAAUCAUGGAAGAAGCGAGAAGGUUUCCGUAAAUGGAAAAAUUGACAUAUAAGGUUCGCAUGAAGCACGUACUCAACUCUCAAUUAGGUAAAGAACCCUAAUCACUGAAUCAGACAUGUAAUAGUACACUUUUAAACUAGCCAUUACUUGAUCAAACAAGCAGCGUCUCCGGUUCUCGCCUGCUACAGAUAUCUAACGUUCGCCUCUCCACCGCAUCUCUUUCGUGUAUUAUCCUUUGUCUUUUCCGCUCUAUAAUUUAAGAGAAAAUGGGUUUUUACAAUCUAAUGGCAUUCCUUUUAGCUCGUAGAACAUGAUAAUAAGUAUUUUAAGUUUUAAAGAGAAAAUGGGGUUUAUCACUGUUAAUUUAGUGCGUAGAACAUAUUCGUAAACGGACAAUUUGACAUAGAGUUUCUCCUGACCCAUGUGCAAACUGGUGAAUUAUAGAAUGAAUCAAGAACUACAAUUCCUGGAUUUGGCACUUGAUAGUAAAUUGAGACUUUUCAUUACUUGGUCAUCGGGAUCUCAGCCUAAAACGAUGUGAGGAACUCUAACCAAAACGUAUCACUUGCGUAUCUUCUGCUACUGAUAUCUAGCGUUGCUUCUCUACGGCGUCUCUUUCGUUUAUUUGUCUCUGUCAUUUCUUCCUGACAGUUCAAAACACUACUUUCAAGAAAGAGGUAACAUUUGAUCCAAAAAAGGCAACAAUUAUUUCUAAACGUCCCUAUUAAUUUAACACUCAACACCUGUGUUUCCACCUCCACAUAAGAUAAUUACCAUUUCAUUACCCUAGACAGUUACCACACUGUAUAAUUAUAGUUCGAAACGAAAACAAUAACUUUUCGUUUCAACUUAAGCUCUUCUGUCUAAUGACGAAUUCAUUCAGGUGUUGUCGCCCGACGGCCACCAUCAUGCUGCUCCUGCCACUCUUGAUAUUUUUCCCUUCGUUACUUAACUUGAUGUUUGCCAUGCAGAACAGCGCUCUCUAUCGAAAUCCAACAGGUCACGGCGCCAUCGGAAAAUUUAGACGCGAUCCCUUCCAUUAUUUAAGAGCAGAGAAACUGACAUCGUCCAUGGUGGAAGAUCACUUAGACUGCACUUUCCUUUGUGCUGAAGAAUCAAAGUGUUAUUCCUUUAACAUGGCAGCGUAUCCUGACUCCAAAAGUCUUUAUCUGUGUGAGUUGUUGGCCACAGACAAGUACAGAGAAAUCAAAAAGUUCACUGCAAAUGCAACCUUCCAUCAUUACAGUUUAUCGGUAGGAACUCUUUCGAAGGUUCCUUUUUCCCAUAUGUGGAUAAUUUAUUUAUCUUAAAACACAUCACUUACCAUUGCUUUCUUCUUUGCAUCUAAGGAGAUAAGACCUGCAGUCAGAUCAGGCAAUGUAAUCUCCCGAGUGGCACUUACGUCAUCGACCCUGAUGGAGGGGGUGAAGUGAAGCCUUUCAAGGUCUAUUGUAACAUGACGGACAAAAACGGUGUUGGAGUGACAGUUGUCAGUCAUGACAGUGAAAACAGAACACUGGUGGAUGGGUUUAGUGACCCUAGCAGUUACUCACGCAAUGUCACUUACCAUGACACCAGUUUCCUUCAGCUGGCAGGUCUAACAGCUUCAUCCGAUCAGUGUGAGCAGUUCAUAAUGUACGAGUGCUACCAAUCAGUACUCCUUCUCUUUGGUCGAAAGUCCUAUGGCUGGUGGGUGUCACGUGACGGCGAAACUAUGAAGUACUGGGGAGGAGCUGAUUCUGUUGACGACAAGUGCGUAUGCGGCUUGAAUUCUACAUGCGCAGACAUCAAAUACGAUUGUAACUGCGACAAAGGGGAGCAAAUUUGGCGAAAUGACAGCGGUUCACUCAAAGACAAAUCCAAGCUUCCCGUGAGGCAACUGAGGUUUGGAGAUACCGAUUCAAAUGCUGAUGAUAAGGGAUACCAUACACUUGGAAAGCUGAAGUGUUUUGGACUCAUCUAAGACUCGUAAACAAUAUAAUACACUGUAACUGUAUACCAACGAUAUGUAGACUGGCCUGAUCUAUCAUCUUGAAGUUUAACUUUGUCUUUAAAGGCGGUUAGUUUCUUUAAGAAAUCAAAAAAUUCAAAAGAAAUCAAUAAAUUGAUUUUAACGUCAAGUUAAAACCAUCCUAAUUUGGACAGAUGUCCUUUGCGCAGUAGAAUAUUUUGGUGCUAAAAGCUCAUUUUUCCAUUUUUAGAGCUGAAAAGAUGGAAAAAAACGCGAAAUCACUGCACCAUAAAAUAUUUUACCUUUCCAUCGCAAUAUCGCUUUUAGUUUGUCUAGCAGAGUAAAAGUGGAUUAAUUUGAUUGAGUUUGAGGCCUUUGGUGAUGUCAGAUGAUUAAAAUGCGAUUUACUAAGCAGAAAAAUAAAAAGCGAUUAAGAGAUACUCAAUCCUGAGUUUAACUGUAUCGUCAUGGUCUAUUUGGUCCACAAAGCAGUUUUAAGACGAAGUUAUAAAUGCUGUGAAAAUGAUUUGUAAAGAUAAAAAAUCACUCAGAAUCCUCUGCCUAUCGAUGAUCGCAAAGUCGCUAUGUGGAUGGCCUGUUAUUUCUUCAUAGUCGCUCUAUUGCAGCUGAAAAAGUCUAAAUUGCCGGCAACGUCACCGCAGCACUUCAUAGGAAGAAGUAGCGGAGAAUAAGGUGAAAUAACCUGAUGAUAAAUAUGAGCAUGCGCAAUAAGUAUAACCUGCCUUGGUGCUGACGUUUAUGGCGCGGUAAUCGGCGCCCUCAACUCCGCGUGCUCGUUGCCUGCGGGCAUCCUCCUCACACUUCAGACGCAAAAUUCACUUUAAUGAAGGGGAAGGCACAAGCACGAUGCCUUUAAGAAAUAGAACGCGAUAUGUAUUGACUUAGGGAAAAAACAAACAAAGAAACUACGCUUUAUCCCGAUCAUCGUGAUUAAAUCCCGAAACAGGCUUAUCGGAAUAAAACGUAGUCUCUUUGUUUGUUUUUCCCCUAACUCAAUAUAUAUAUAUAUAUAUAUAUAUAUAUAUGUAUUGCUGUAAGUAAUGCCUUGUCAAGAAGCGUCAAGUCCGUUUAAACUCCUUAACGAAGAUUUAACUACCUGGUUGUAUGACAAGUUUACAUGAGUUUCCUUGAUCAAUCUUGUAAUUCUCCUGUCAACUGCAAUACACUUACCUGUGAGUUAGAUGGAAGAGUUUGGCUUCACUUAGAUGAUAACAUUCCUCUAACGGAUGUAAUUGUUAAAUUUUUACUUCUGCUCUUGCAUGGAUAACGAGCUGAAAUUAUGAGCAGAAGUUAAUUAAUGAAUUAAUUGAUUUUUUUUUUCUCCUUUGGCGGGUAGUUGCUGUCAGUAUCUUUACGCAUCGAGUUCCCAUGAUCUCACGAGCUGUAUGACCUUAAUGCGAUUACAUGGAAAAUUGCAACAGUUCUUUAAUCAUGACACUCGUGGUAGAUCGGUAUAGCAUCUGAAAAGCCCAGACCAUGCGCACAUCACUUAAGCUCCCCAGGACUGGGCUUUCUCGGCAGCAGCACAAAGGUUAUGAACUGAUUACCUGAUAAUUUAGAAUCGAUUCAUUGGUUCUCGUUCUUAAUUUAUAUCAAAGACAUCUCUUUAAAACAGUCUAAAUUACGUAUAUUCCAAAUGUCUCUGACGUUUUGAUGCAUUCAACUUGUCAUACAUUCGCAGCGGAAAGGGAAGGCGGUUUCCCUGUUGAUUUCUCAUUUAUUUUCUUAUUUCCAAAGUUGCAUUAAUCAGAAAUCCAAUUCUUUUAGACUAUGAGCAGUCCCUUCCUUUCGGUAAAGUCCGUCGCGUGAGUCCGAAAAAGAUCAGUGAAAAAAAAAAUUGAUGUUAGAGCACCGGGGAAGGUCUGGAAAUGAGGCACUUGACUCUCGCUGCGCAGCUUACGGAGGCUCACGUCUCGAGAGAAAGCCAGUGAUUAAUUCAUGAAAGCGUCACGCGUUGUGUGACUUGGUGUUAAGUUGCGAGGGGAACCGUUUGAAUUUGACACGCUAUAAGGAAUAGUUUGGUGAACGAAAUAUGGUCGAUUUACAACGAUAAAUAUUUCGAAAUAUGAAAAUUUUGCAUAUAAAAUCAAUAGCACUUACUCACAUCUUGUGUCCGUUGUGGUUUCUGGCGGUUUCUGCCGUUUAAAGCUUCCUUUUCCAUUAUUGUUAUUCCUGUCAAAAGAAAAGUCCCCAUACUAUUCUUUAUAACGCGUUAAAAUUCUCCACGGUUCCUAUCGUUACUUAACACCGAGUCACACAACGCGUGACGCUUUCAUGAUUAAUCGUUUGCUUUUUCUCGAAACGCGAGCUUGGGCCACCUGUGGUUUCACCUGUGUUUUCACCUGUGUUUUAUGCAUUAUUCAUUUGUGUUUAUUUUGGCGAUGUAUGGGAUCGAUGGUGAUUUUCAUUGUUUCAAAAAUAAAUUCCCUUCUGUUCUAAUUAAAGCCAUCUAAAAAGAUCUCAUUGUGGCUGUAAUUCUUUGAAAGAAGGAAUUAUCCAGACACGACAUGCUGUUGAAAAAUUAUUGAUGUAUGUGCAGCAAAACGUGAUUUAGAAUUAUUUUUGUAAAUAGUUUCACGAAGAGGAUGAAAACUCAACAUCAAACUUAACAGCUCAUUAUUUUGAAACAGCAAGGUUUAAUUUGCAAAAAUUCACCGGCUGAGAUGCCUUAUAUCAAGAAAGAAAAAUCCUCAGGUUUUAAUUAAUUUUUAUGGAAUUAACGAGACCUUCGACCAAAACUGUUAAACAGGAUUUGCCAUGACAUUAGCAUAAUAAAAGCGAUCACAUUGCCACGCCCACUUUUUCGAACUUCUAUCCUUCGGUCAACAUGUUUGAAAUGGUUCGACUGCAAAGGGGGAAAGAUAGCUUUUGGGGGCUUUGAAGAUAUAAUUGGUAGGCUUCUCGGAAAACUGUUUCCAGCCACCUUAAUGACUUCACACAAAGGGGUAUUUCAGAGAUUUAGUAUGCCAACUGCUCGAAAACAAUACAAAUAAUGUUUUUCUAUAUUCCACAAAUAAAAUAUGUGCAUAUUCGUGAAUUUUGAACACAUUGUGGAAGGUCACAAACUUGCCUACUUUUGAUCACGUGAUUUCUUAGACAUAUCGAAAAGCUCAUUCAUCUGAACUUAACAUCGUAAGCCUGAGUCGUCUUAGGGUAAAUGCGAGCCAUUUCUGAAAAAUAGCCAGCUUUUCUCUUCUCUUCUUGUUCUCAGCAUGAUGUUACCCAAAUAUAGAGUAUUAGGUGAACUUUUUUGAUGAAUAUUUUCUAGUGAAUUUUGAAAAAAUAUUUACCGUUUUCGGUAAAUUAUUGUCUGCCGCAUUAGUUUACAUGUAUGUAUCUCACGCAAUGUACAGAUCACAGAGCUGCAAUGAGCUCAAAGGGAAUUUGUACAUUCUACAUUAUAAAUGUCAUUUCUUGUUUUCGUAAGAGGAGGUUAUAAUGUUCUUUUUUAUCGACAUAUGCAAUAUCAAACCCGUCCAUUUAUUUUCGCGCGGCUCUAUUUCCUUUCCUUAUUUGACGUGGUACAAAAUCCACGGACAGUUAUCAGGCAAUAACCUUAUGUUGAUAUUUGUCCGAUUAUUUCCGUGGAAAAGCAAGAAAGCCAACGAAAAAAGCCCAACAGUUUCACCUUCUCGACUUUGUUACAUUACAAGGGCGAAAAACUCAUUUUACAGCGUUCACAGGUGUUGGGAAUUAAAGACUGGUCUCAAAUGCUGCUCCGGAAAGUACAGAGAAGUUAACAAAACUUUGGUUUAAAAACCACGAUACGAAAAAUAAUGGGAAGAAUAUAAAAUCAAUAUUCUCCCUUCUAGCUUGCUGGCAUGUCGCCUGAUGAUGCCCUCGACUGAGAUCUCAAAUCUACUCUCGAAGCUUUGCUUUUCGGCCGCCGAUUCAAUUUUUUCAGCCGUGAACAUUAUUAGCCGUCAUACAAAACGCCUGAAUGUGUGUGCUUUUUUUUUUAAAUUAUUUCCGCCAGCUCUCGAAAUUUCGUAAUUCAAACAAGCGUUGCAUCUGCCCCAUAGAUGGGCUUUUAAUCAUAAAAAGUAAACAAUACCAUAAAAGGAUAAGUUUCUUUUUCACAAUUAAAGUGCUUUAUAUCUUAAAGCACCUCAUUCUGGUGUUGUCGUCCAACGGCCAUCAUCAUGCUGCUCCUGCCACUCUUAUUAUUUUUCCCUUCGUUGCUUAACCUGAUGUUUGCCAAUAGUGCUCUCUAUCGAAAUCCAACAGGCGAAAUUUCUCUCGGUAACUUUAAGUGCGACCCCUUCUAUUACCUUUGGGAAGAAAAACUUACAUCGUCCAUGGUAAAAGGUCAGUUUUUCUGCGCUUUCCUUUGUGUUAAUGAACCGAGGUGCUAUUCGUUUAACGUGGCAGAGUAUCCUGACUCCAAUGGUCUUUAUCUUUGUGAGUUGUUGGUCACUGACAAGUACAGAGCUACUGGAAAGCUCUUUGCAAAUGCCUCAUUCCAUCAUUUUAGUCCUUGGGUAAGCUCUCCUUGCAUAUUUGGUGAUUGAAAGGUAUUUUUAUCAAUAGAAAUUGUACUGUUUGUGGAACGUUCUCGGUCUAUUUUCAGUCUCCAUGUGAAAGCGCUCCCUGUAAGAACGGUGGUGUCUGUGAUCCUAAUUAUGAGUGGAACUCCUAUCAAUGUCAUUGUAAGCCUGGAUUCUGUGGAACUCACUGCAAACGAGGAGGUAUAAAACAGUUCGUGUGCUUUUUUUGUUUUGUUAUUUUUUUUUUUCAAAUGUUGAAAAUUACAUUUGCAGAGGGUUUUGAUUCAAUUUUUUUUGUGAUUGGUCAUUUUCACUGAAUCGUUUACAACUUUAGCUUCUUGAGAGCUCUACAUACCUCUUAAGUGCUUCACAUCCAGAUAAGCACACAGCUGCUGCGAUAGAGCAUUAUUCACGUAAAAGUUUGCUACGUUUCAUUGCGUACUGUACGUCAUUAUUAUGUACAAUGGGAAUACGAAGCACGCUAACGAUUGUACACGGAUUCUCUGACGAAAUGUAAUCCUUCCCAUAAAAACCCCCAUGAGUUUAAUCAGAUGCCAAGAACGCAUUAAAUAAGAUAUACUCAAUUAUAAUCAAUUUCUACUUUUUUGCUUCCAAGGAGAUAAAACCUGCAGUCAGGUCAAACUAUGUAAUCUCCCAAGUGGAUCUUACGUCAUCGACCCUGAUGGAGAGGGCGGAGUGAAACCUUUCAAAGUCUAUUGUAACAUGACUGACAAGGACGGUGUUGGAGUGACAGUUGUCAGUCAUGACAGUGAAGGCAGGACGUUGGUGCGAUGGUUUAGCGCCAAAGGUUCUUAUUCUCGCUCCAUCAAUUACACGGAGGCUGAUAUGGCUCAACUGGCAAACCUGACAGCUUCAUCAGCUCACUGUGAGCAGUUUGUAAAGUACGAGUGCUUCAACUCGCGGCUCCUCUUCAAUGGUAACAUGUACGGCUGGUGGGUGUCACGUGAUGGAGAGAAGAUGAAGUACUGGGGAGGAGUUGAUUCUGUUGAUUACAAAUGCGCAUGCGGCUUGAAUAAUACAUGUGCAAACAUUAACCGCGGAUGCAACUGUGACGCGAAUGACAACACAUGGCGGGAGGACAGCGGCCUCCUCAAAGACAAAUCCAAGCUGCCAGUGAAACAACUGAGGUUUGGAGAUGCCUAUUAUUAUGGUGACAAGGGAUACCACACACUUGGAAAGCUCAAGUGUUUUGGACUCAUUUAA